UCACUAGAAAGUUGGCUCGCUCUGUAUUACUAUUCUGAAUAUCCACUGACUAUAAUACAUGGUGUUGUUUUAAUAAUGAAUAAAUAACAAUAAUACAACACAAGAUGGAACAUGUAGAGGUCGAUGCUGAAACAGGCAACAUGUUCUCUUGGGCAUUCAUUAGCUUCAACAAACUAAACUGUGGUGCCGUGCCGUAACGUGACUUUUGUGCAAUAUGUGAGAAAUGUACUCCAAACAAAUAGGGGCCAGCAUAUCACCAGGGUAACCGCUAACUGCUGCUAACUGUGGCUGAAAGCUCAGUUAACUGUGCAGCUCGCAGUUGUAUUAGCUGUGUCUGUCCACACUGCGAGCUUGGACCAUCAGAGUCGUGUUGGUGUUGCUCUCCAUUCGUACGACGCGGCGAGUAGCUAGCUGCUUCUUGGACUUCAGUUCGUCCACUACUGCUGCCAGUGGCCACGGGCCCUUGAGCAACCAGCGAUGACUACAUGUGUGCUCCUUUGUUUAUUUAUAGCUCAGGGGGACGGAGGAGUGUUAUCUCCACAUCUGAGGGACAACUCCCCGUCAGCCUCUGCAAGGUUACUACUUAUCACCACUUACGAGCAUGUCACAAACCAUAACACACCCACUCUUUCACAUAACCCCGUCCUCUGACAACAGCACUGAGGUUUUCCCCUAAUGUAAAGGGGAUUUCCACACAUUUUAAGAAACUAAGUGAGGUUUUUGACAGAGUGGUUGACACACUUUCACCAUCAGGUUCACACCUGGUACUGCUCGGUGUGCAGGCAAUGCACGCAGGCUGCUGAUUAAUCCGCUAUUUGUGUGAUUUCUUCUCUCUCUAUCUCUGUGACACUUACUGCCAACAUUCAAGCGGUGCAGAACUGCUUUGUUGUUCUCAUGGGAAAAAAAAAAAGUUUGAAAUUGUGUUUACACUUCACAGCAGGUGGUCUCAAUUAGAAAGGAUGUGGUGAAUCUGGCAGCAGAGUGUCACAACCCAGGUGAGCUAGUUUGAAAACCACUACUGUCAGGUAGGCACGCAACAGAACUGAAUGGAUGGACUGAUAAGGCACAACUUUCAUUUUGAGUUAAAUGGAAAAGAAGAAAUGGGCAAGUCUGCUCAUGUCCUCAAAUACACUAUACUACACCACACACACACUCACACACACACAUUCCUGAGCUCAUAUGCUAGAAUCAACUGUGCAGUGAGGGUGGGAGUAGGCGGUCUCUCUCCUCCUCUGAGAAGAGGACAGCUACAGUCAAACCUCGUCCCACCAUUCAGCCUCAGCUCUGACUGAACGCAGCUGUCAUUACUUGUGUAUAAACACACCGACGUGAAGACACGGGACUGUUUCUGCCCGCGUUUGGACAUCUUUGGUCCACUUUUACGCAUGACGGACGACGACGCAGACACCCGAACUUGACGAGUUUUUUCUAAAAGCUGUUUUAAGCUGUCUGCAGUCCUCGUCUGCUGAGGCCAUGUUUUCCAAAGCCACUGCCAAAUUCAUCCAUGAGAUCGACCACGACGGAAGUCUCAUCCACGUGUCUCGGAUAAAUGACUCGCACAAACUGGUUCUCAUGGCGCUGGUCGUAAAGCGCAACUGCAACUGGUUCUGGCAGAAGCCCAAGUACCAACCAACAGAUUUCACCCUCAGCCACUUGUUGCAGGGCGACGAGGUGCUCGUUCCAGGAGUGUCUGAGAAAGAUUUUGUGACCUAUAAGGGCACGUACGGCGAUGCGCUCUCUGGGAAGCUGGACACUGAGGCCGGCGCUGUAAACCUAACGCUGGAGGGGCAGGGCUCCACCAAGCUCCAAUCAUGUUUUGGCACGCUGAAGAAGGAGGAGCUUGAUCUGAAUAAGCUGCUGCGUGACUCCAAGGGCAGGCAGGUGGACAUGCAGCACAAGCUGGUGAAGCAGCUGCAGAAGCGAGCUGAGCUGCUGGCGGUGGUGAAGGAGAGGAUCUUCACCACCAGCUCGUGCACCAUCAGCCUGAGGAAAAAGGAGCAGUGCAGCUUUGGGGGCAUGUUAGCGCUAAAGAACUUUCUGGGGAACUCUGUGUGCGUGAAGGACAGCAACAACAUCGAGGUGGACAGCAAUGUUUCCUUGGAGAUCCCUUCUGGUACGGUCAUUGCGUACAGCGUCCGGGAGCUGGAGAUUAAUAAGGAUGGAAGCUUCGAUGUCUGCCUACAGCCUGGCACAACAGGAGGCAUCGAGUCGGACUCCACUAUACUACCCAUGCCAUCCCACGAGUCCUUGGAUGUGAUGGACGGCAAGUGCAAUGGGAAGAAGAGUCCAGAGACAGUCUCUCACAGCGUGGCGCAUAAUGGAUCACAGAAGACAGACCUCUCUCUCCUGGCAGAGCUCUCCCAGCCAACAAGACACGCCUUAUUCAAGGAGCUCCAAGAGACCCUGAAGGACAGAACUGCUCUCUCAUAUCUGCAGUGUGUGCUGGAGGACAUGUGUUUUGGUGAAACGCUGGUUUGGCAGGAGGAAUUAUCAGAGAGUCAGAGAAAACCAGUGUUAGCCACAGUGAACCAUCUCUGCAGCGGCGGUCCUGCAGAGGACAACCCGAGUGACACUCCUGCACACAUCAGUGCAGCUCACCUGUUGGUCAGUGCCAUGGAAGAGUUGCCUGAUGAGACUCUAAACUUGUUGAGCGGAAGCUGUCCUGACUUUCUGGAGACCUUCGACACACUGGUGUGCAGCCUGACAGACAGCAGCGAGCCGGUCCAGUGUCCUGCGGUCCUGCUGCAGGACAGCCGAGUCCUCCAACAGGCAGAACAGGUGCUCACCUCCAUCGAUGUGAAGCUGACGAGAGACGGCGACAGACUGUGGAUGACGACAGAAUGCACCACAGGAGUUCCCUCAUUGGUCCUCCGUCUCAGCGUACAUGGAUUGUCCUUGCUGAGCAAAGGGCUGACGAAGUAAUAACGUCUGCAUGUGCACUAUUUCUUUUUCAGUGGAUUAUAUUCUUUCUGUUUCUUUCUUUAUUGUCAAGCUUAUUUGAACUAAGCUAAGUGCUAUUAUCAUUUAUUUUUUCAUAUUGUUUGUUACAACAUUGGAUUUCUCUACAUGUGUUUUCCUAAAGAUAUUUUAUUACUUAGCAAGCACUUCAUAUUUUUGUAAAAAAAUGUGUAUAUAUAUAUAUAAUUAUUAUCUUAAU